CUACGGACUCACCUGUGUGUGUUUUGGUUCCUCAGGGCGGUGUAUAAGGAUGCAGACCUCUACCUGCUGGACGCACCCUUCACACACCUGGAUCUGGUGACGGAGAAAGAGAUCUUUGAGAAAUUAGUUUGCACUCGUAUGGCCUCCAAGACGCGCAUCGUGGUCACCAGCAAGUUGGAGCAUUUAAAGCGAGCGGACCGGAUCCUCCUGCUGCACAACGGAGACUGCUUCUUCUACGGGACGUUCUCCGAGCUGCAGGCCAAGCGUCCCGACUUCAGCAACCUGCUCCUCGGCAUGGAGGCGUACGACAACUGCAACGCCGAGCGACGCAGCUCCAUCCUCACGGAAACCCUCCGAAGGGUCUCCGUAGAUGAAACCGCCGGCUUCAGAGGACCAGAAACUCUCCGGCAGUCUUUCCGCCAGCAGCAGCCGCCUGUCAUUAACGGAUCCCAAGGAGGUGACGGGUACCCGGACAAACGCAAACAAUCCCUCAUCCUGAAUCCUCUGGCCGCCGCUCGCAAGUUCUCCUUCAUCGGGAACUCCCAACCAGAGAUGGCAAAA